UUCCUCACUCAAAUCCAAAGUCAUCUGCUUAUUUAGUAAAUACAAUCUGUCCAUUCUUUGAGAUCUUUGAUUAGGAUGGCUUCUUGCAUCAACUGCUUUACCCUGGCCUUCUUUAUGGCUCUCACUUUUUCAAGCAUGGAUGUCAGCAUGGCAGCUCGUCAUCUCCUGCAGCAGUUGCCACAACCACAAAUGCCACCACUGCCGACUCUGCCCACGGGGCUGCCGCCAUUGCCAUCAAUCCCAACUCUACCACAACAGCCUACGAUACCGACCAUACCCACAAACCAACCAUCUCUGCCUCUGCCUUCACUGCCCACGCCUGGUGCACUGCCUCCACUUCCCAGCUUCCCCUCAUCCCUGCCUACCCUUCCCAAAGUCACUCUACCACCACUGCCCUCCAUCUCUUCUAUCCCUCUCCUCUCCCCUCCACCUGCAAAUUAAUUGAAAAACUGUCCUUGAAAAUGUUGUCUUCUAUCAGUCCCCUCUAUGUGGAGACAUUGUCUGGAGUAUACUGGUUUUGAUGUCUAUGUUCAUUUUCCACUGCAUGCGUGAUUGUUUGCCCAAUUUGGAGUCUGUAUGGUUCAGUGUAAUAUUUGAGACCGUUAUAUAUGGGUUUUAGACUUGUCAUUGUGGCAAUUAUUAUGUUUAAGUUCAUUAACUCUUGCUUUUCAAAAAAAAAAAAAAAAGUUCUAUGAACUCU